ACAGUCUACACCCAGGGAACGAAGAGUAAGCGCCAUGUUGAAGCCACGAUUGCCACUCAGAUCCCUCUUAUUCCUGCAGCUGCCUCUGCUGGGGGUGGGGCUGAACCCAAAGGUCCUCACGCCCAAUGGGAAUGAAGACAUCACAGCUGGUGGGAAACCUGGGACUGGAGGAGACUUCUUCCUGACCUCUACACCCGCUGGGACCCUCAAUGUUUCCACUCUGCCCCUCCCAAAGGUUCAGUGUUUUGUGUUCAAUGUCGAGUACAUGAAUUGCACCUGGAACAGCAGCUCUGAGCCCCAGCGCACCAACCUGACUCUGCAUUAUGGGUACAAGAACUUUAAUGAUGAUGAUAAACUCCAAGAGUGUGGCCACUAUCUAUUCUCUGAAGGGAUCACUUCUGGCUGUUGGUUUGGAAAAAAGGAGAUCCAUCUCUACCAAACAUUUGUUGUCCAGCUCCAGGACCCAUGGGAACACAGGAGGCAGCCCGAACAGUUGCUAAAACUGCAGGAUCUGGUGAUCCCCUGGGCUCCAGAGAAUCUGACACUUCGCAACCUGAGUGAAUUCCAGCUAGAACUGAGCUGGAGCAACAGACACUUGGACCAUUGUUUGGAGCACCUGGUGCAGUACCGGAGUGACCGGGACCACAGCUGGACUGAACAAGCCGUGGAUCACAGACAUAGCUUCUCUCUGCCUAGCGUGGACGCACAGAAAUUCUACACGUUCCGUGUUCGAAGCCGCUAUAACCCACUCUGUGGAAGCGCUCAGCAAUGGAGUGACUGGAGCUGCCCCGUUCACUGGGGCAGCAAUACUUCAAAGGAGAAUCCUGAGAAUCCUGAGACUCUUUCGUUGUCUGCAUGGAAAACUGUGCUGAUCCCCGUUGUCCCCAUGGCAUUUAUCGUGAGCCUCAUCUGUUUGUACUGCUGGCUGGAACGGACGAUGCCCCGAAUUCCUACCCUCAAGAACCUAGAGGAUCUGGUUACUGAAUACCACGGGAACUUUUCGGCCUGGAGUGGUGUGUCUAAGGGACUGGCAGAAAGUCUGCAGCCAGACUACAGUGAACGGCUUUGCCACGUCAGUGAGAUCCCCCCAAAAGGAGGGGAAGGGCCUGGGGGCUCCCCCUGCAGCCAGCAUAGCCCCUACUGGGCUCCUCCAUGUUACACCCUGAAACCUGAGCCCUGACACCCUGACAGAACCCCAGGGCCCUGUAGCCUUAAAUUUUACUAACUUGCCCUCGUCCAACCAACCUGGGUCCAGGGCUCACCUCGCCCCCCUGUGGCUGAUUUUGAAUUUUGUGCCCCCUAUAACUGCCUUCUCAUUCAAUAUCUCCUACUUGAGAAUUGCCCCUUUGCCCUGUCCAUGUUUCUCAUCUCCCCCAGCCCAGCCCUUCCUCCUCACAGCAUUGCUUCUGCUGUCCCUCCCUCCCUCCCCCUUUCCAUCUACCCUUCAACUGUUCCAGAAACGAAUGAGAAAUAAAAGUUCUGUUGAUAAUCA